AUGGCAACCUCAGGACCGUCCCAGCUUUUUGUUCAACUAAGCUCCUCAGAAGAAGGAAAUUGGCUUUCCCUCGGACGCGCUUUGACGUCAGUUCUUUGUCGAGGUCUUCGUCCCUAUAUUCAACGAGAGAUGGAUCUUUUCUAUAGCAAUGUAACAGCCGCAGUGACGGCACAAGGUGGUGGACCUUGCACCUGUGUCAAUGAUCCGGGUAGAAAAAAGAACCAAUACCACGAUAUGAGCACGUGUGCUUGGGCACAAAUUCUAGAAGGGGUUCACUUUGGUAACAAGCCGAACUGGAAGCAAAGUGAUUCCAGCAAAUGGAUGGACCCUGAGAACGGUCAGUGGGAGAUAGCUAAACUUUUUCGCCCAGAUGCUGGAGGACAUACCGUUAUAGAGAGCGCCGAAGACCUUGACAUCUCUGGAAUUCUGAAUCUUUUGUACUGGUGCAAUCAUUUUACUGUUGAGCGACCACUAAUUGAAAGUGUCCGACAAACCCGGAACACGAAAUGGGGCCACGUCCUAAAGUCGGAGUUGUCCGAAGCAGAAAAACGUGCUGCCUUUGAAGCAAUUGAGAGGUUUCUGCAAGAUCCAGUAUUCGCUGGAGAUCCUCAUGCUCAGGACGCUUUAAGAGAUAUUUUAGCUCUAAAGUGCACUUCAGAUGUACACAUCUUCAAAGUCAAGGACCUAUCUCAUUUCGAGGAGGCAAUUCGCAAAGAUAUCUCUGGCCUUAAAAGAAAAUUAAAAUCGUUACCGAGAAAGGAAUCUAAGAAAAAUGAAAAACAACGAGCCCGUCUGGAAAAACAAAUUCGCAAUUUUAAUCAAGCCCUCAAAAACUUGGAAAAAAAGAUUCCAACAUCGGCCCGAAAGACGUCAGAGGAAAAAUCUUCGACAUCUUUGUCAAGUCUUUCCCAAAUUCUGGUCCUACCAGUAGCCUUCGUCGGCAUGUCAAUUAGGAAUGUGGGGAAAAUGCAAAGAAACUCAUUCAUUGCUUGGAUAAAGUUGUUGCUCCUGUGUUGCUGCAUCGGCGUUCUGGAUCACAGGUCCUUUAAAGAUGGUAUGUUCUACUUAUAAUCAUGUAUUUUUAUACAGGUUUCACCUAGUUAACCAGUCUAACACAGGUAACCCGAUUCUGGUCCGUUUACGAUCACUACCACGAAAACCUAUUUACCCAGUCUUUCGGUUCUCAUAACAAUUCCUUGUUUCAAAUUGCUCGAGGUCAGUUUGUAGAUUAAAAAAUAAUGUUAUUUUACAGGAUGCCCCACAGAAGAUGUUAGUGUUCCCUUUGACACCAAGGAGUAUAAUUUUACUGAUUACCUUACUAUUGCCCGGGAAAAUUUCAUCGGUCGUCGAUGGCUAUAUCAAGAGAUAGUGAAUGCCUUCCACCCAUCACGCCAGGGUGUGUCUGGUGUUUUGAUUAUGGGAGACCCUGGAGCUGGAAAGUCGGCAUUGACUGCACAGUUGGUCUGCUCCAGCACGUCAAGUAGGACCAUUCACGAUCAUUUAUUAGGGUACCACCUCUGUAAACAUUCUGACAGAAAUACACAGAAUGGAGGCAAAUUUGUUCGUAACUUAGCUGAUAUGAUAGCUCGAAGACUUCCAGAAUAUGGGUACAUUGUCACCAACAAUUCCUACAUUCAGCGAUCUUUAGACAGUGACUGCGUGACACUCCAAGAUCCUGUCGGCUGUUUUGAGCAAGCUAUUUUGUCACCCCUAAGACUUUUAAAGAAUAAACCGAAAGAGAACUGGUAUAUUGUCAUUGAUGCCUUAGAUGAAUGUCUUACUCAAAGUGAAACAGGCCAUAGUAUCGUUUAUUUGCUUAAUAACAAGCUUCCCCGUUUUCCAUCAUGGGUGAAACUUGUGAUGACCUCUCGUAAUGAAUCUAGCGUUUCCAUCAACUCGAACAGCGUAAUGAAGUUCAUCAUUGAUCCUGACGAUAUCCGAAAUAUAGAGGACAUUGAGCUGUUUCUGUCCACGAGACUUCUUCAAGAUGGUCCCUUAAUAAAUCAAAUUAAGUUUUGGUUUGGAGAUGAUAGCAUUAAAAACACAGCCAGACUGAUUUCUGCUUUGUUGAGCAAAAGUCAGGGAAAUUUCUUGUUCGUCAAGGAGAUGCUUCAUCACUGGGAAACUUCCAGAGCUGAAAAGAGAGAUCCCUAUGCACUACCUGAAACGCUUGAAGAUUUAUACCACAGCUACUUCGAACGCCUGUAUAGUCAGAAGGAACAAUUCCGGCCGAUUCGGCGAGUGCUAGAAUUACUUGUGGCAACAUUUCAUCCAAUGUCACUUAAAGGCAUUUAUGAAGUUCUUAAAACAAAGGAAGAGAAUCUCGAAGAAGAAUACGAAUUUAAAGAUAGAAUUAAUGGAUUGGGACAUUUUCUAAGAUACGGAAAAAAUGACACGGUGACAUUAUACCACCUCUCCUUAACAGAAUGGCUCACCAGUGAUAGAAACAAGAAUAGUCCAUUUUAUGUCAGUAAGAAAAAAGGACAUGAAAUGUUUUGCGACUACUACUUAAUCUUAAUUGCUGACGGAGAUAAGUCCUCGUUGUUCAAAUACAUUCUAACUCUGGCACAACACAUUACCUAUGGUGGUUGGAAGGAGUCGUAUGUCAAACAGUUUUUGAAGUUUCCUUCACAAGUUGUCAAUUCUUCGGAUCCUACAAGUAAUAGAACUUUGUUGCACCUUGCAGCCACUAUAAACAGCACAGACGUACUGGAGCUACUGCUGAGUCAUUUCAGUUGCAUUGACUGCAUUGAUAAUAGCGGGAUAACACCUGCAUUUUUGGCCGCGGAGCAUGGACUCGUUAAUAAUCUGGCGUUGAUGGUGAGCAAGGGAGCCAAGAUAAAUCGCAAAACGAAGUCUUUGUUAUUCAUUCUGGAAUCGAAAGGAAACAAGUAUGAUGAAUUUGUCAGUAAACAUUAUCCUUGGACUCCAGUUCUUCAAUCAAAGUCAAAGUACUGGGGGUCUACAAUGCUUCACGCUGCAGCUCACCGAGGGCACUUGGAGGUCGUUGUGUUUCUACUUGACAACGGUGCUUUUAUUUCAACUGUCGAUGGUGUCAAUUUAACUGCAUUACAGAUAGCCGCUGAGAAUGGACAUUUAGAGGUUGUUAAAGCGUUAUAUAAUGCCGGUGCAGCUGCAGACCAAACUUCUCUCCACCAUGCCGCCGCUAAUGGUAGGUUAGAAGUGGUAAAGUACCUUUUAAAAAUCGGUGUGAGGGACAGGUGCAUAAGAUGCGAUGGGACCUUUUACUGGCUGGAAACAAGGAAACACCGUUUACAAAGCAAUGUUAAGACGGAAGAUAUAAUACUUAGUAUAAACAAACAGUGUUUUGAGAGUAAAAUGCAGAUAGAAAAGGAACAUUGCAUUGAAGAGAAACCAGGAAACACCAUCAACUUUGGCGAGCUUUAUGACGACAAACAUUUAAUAUUUUGCGAAACUGCCCUUCAUGCAGCAGUUUCAGCGGGCCAUGUGGAGGUAGUCAAGGAACUAAUUUCUUCGCCACCAACAGCAUUAACGUGUCGUGAUUAUACAGGAAGAACUGCCUUACACGAGGCUGUUCGUAAAAAUAAUAGUGAAAUUGUGAAAGAAAUACUCAAGAGAGAACACGCUUUGAUACAUGAAACUUGCAAUCACUGGCAGAGCGUGGAACAGCAAAAUGAAACGCAUACAUCUUUGAUAUUAAGUUUGGAAGAGUCUUUGGAAUAUCACGGUGAUGUCUGUCACUGUGGAUUCACACCUCUUCACGUAGCUGCCCGAUAUGGACACUGGGAAAUCGGGAUGUAUCUUAUUAAAAUUGGUGGCGCACGCGUUAACGCCUCUGACUGCUUUGGAGCAACCCCUCUUCAUGUGGCCGCUUGUCAUAACCACUAUGCUUUUGUACAUCUUCUGAUGCGUUCAGGUAUCGGUACCAACAUUAACAGCAGAAGCUCUAAUGGUUCGACACCUCUUCACAGCGCAGCAGCAUGUGGCGCUGCUGACGUUAUUGACUUUCUACUAUAUUUUGGGGCAAUUCUCAGUGCAGUUGACAGUGAUGGACUAUCAGCAUUGCAUUAUACAAUUCUUCACAUAGAUUCGGAACAACUUGAUCAGAAAAUCAUUUUAAAUAGGACAGAUUUGGGUGGUACCCUUCAUCUAUUGACAAUCGACCGUAGGGGCCAUCUCGCCGGGUUUUAUGAAGACAACAAUAUCGUUAAAAACACAGACCACUACAAGUGGUUAAAUGCAUUUGUUAGUUUAAUUCUACGUGGUUCGGAUAUUGAUGCCGUCGAUAUACACGGCCGAACGCCACUUCAUAUAGCCGCAGCAAACGGUUUGGCUGACGCCGUCAAUGUUCUUCUGCAAAAAAAGCCAAAACUUGAAUUACGUGACAAGUUUGGUAAAACACCAUUGGAAGUGGCAGUGGAAAACUGCACGGCAGGGUCAAAAACUUCGCCAUUUGUUGUUAGAGGACGCUUCCGUGAACUGCAUCAGUAUUUGCGUGAUCAUGAAAUGGUCGUCUAUCUUCUUCUGUCAUCAGGUGCAGCCUUCAAAAAAUGUAAGCGUAAUGUUUCAAGCCUGUUGCACCAUGCCAUUAAAAAAAGCAAACCUUACAUCGCUCAACUUUUGUUCCUGAAGGGAGCCAGUCUUAAUUGCAAGGAUUAUCAAGGAAGGACACCACUUACUGCUUUCUUAAACAACGGUGGAGAUUGGACGGAAUGGCCCUUUAAACACGUAGAUGCUUCAGUCAAGAUCGAGUGUAAAAAACCCUUCAUCUCCUCAGCCUUUCAUUUGUUCUGUUUUUUUCCUCCAAGGAUGGAAGAGAACAAUUUUUUUCAGCUCAUUACCUGCGACGAUCAAACGUGUUCAUCAAGAAACCCCCCUUUAAAAAGGGCAGUUGAAAAUCAUAACUUGAAGUACAGAGUCAUAGAUCAUUGCUUGGACUCUGAAGGAUUUACGCCCCUUCAUAGAGCUGCACAGGGAGCUAAUUUGGUAGCUGUACGUGGCCUUAUUAAAUUCGGUGCAAACCUGACCUUGUUGUCUCCACAAGGACAAGACGCGCUUACCCUUGCGAUACUGCACUCAGGAGGAAACGUCUGGAACCAUCUUCUUGGAAACGAUGAAUUACUAGCCAGAAAGGAUAAAGCAUCUCUUGUGGCUCUCGAGCUUCUUCACCAUGCGAUGAAUACUCGUGGUUUCCAGAUUGUAUGCGACUCUAGCAAGUCCGACCUGACUCUUUAUCAUUUGGCAGCCUCACGGGGACUGGUUAAAUUCAUACAAGAGAUAUUUAAAAAAAAGGAACAGCAUCAACUGGACGUGAAUUGUCCCACCAGAGACGGAAUCACCCCACUCUACUUAGCGAAGGUAUUCAGCUUUCCGAUUAGUGGGGCUAAGUUCAAUCCUUGGAAAGAGGUUGAAAUCAUAAUUAGAAAUCAUGGAGGUAAAACAAUGUUUCCUCCCAAAGAUGUUGAAAUGAAUAUCAUUUACAGGAGGUUGUUCGGUUGGAUUCCAAAUGACUUGGAACUCAAUUUAAGACCCGAUGUCCGCGGGUUUGUUUCAGGACUUUUGUCUACUUUUCAAAACAAGCAGUAUACUUCAUCGCAGUGUGACCUCCAGAGCAGCUUGAAAGAAAACGGUAUGGAGUUAGGCAGUCUUUCAUCGCUAGAGCCUAUUUUGCAGGAGUUGCUACGACAACUAGACCUGCUAAACCGAAGGGUCCAUCAACAUCCCCAGUUUGCGUUUUUAGUUUCGUUAGCUCUGGCGGACUUCAAAUUGUGUCAGUUACAAGCAAACCGUAUUUUAAUUUACCAGAAAAAGUUAACUGCAUUAACAAACUCCAUGGCUCGUGUUAAUGUCUCGUAUGAGUCACAGUACAGAACGGUCUGGAGGGUAACACCAGUGUAUUUGUUCUCUUUGAUGAGGAUGUGGCACCACGAAGUAUUUCAGCAUUUUUCUUGUAUUAAAAAGGUGUUUGAUCGGUAUGGACGACUGUUCCACAACGACAAGCUACUGAGACAAUUGAUUGCAGAGUAUGAAGAAAGUACUCCAACUCAUAUUUUGCAUUACAUCUGUUUUUCCUUUAAAACUACGUUUCAGACUUAUUUGCUAAGCUACCUACUUAACAACAAUUACGCUGAAUUUACUGCAUUACAUUAUAACUGUUCAGAUUUUGUAAGAAAACGAAUGGGAUGGACUGUUGAUCAGCCCACUGUUAAAGGAUCUUGGCCAUUGAAUUUUCUUUUUAAAUUUUCCACAGGGCUCUACAACCAGUAUGAAUAUUUAAAAAUAUUCAAUGUUGCAAUAGAACCAGGAUCUCAUGUUACACUUCAUUCUAAAGAUAUAGAACAGACACUGAAACCAGCAUUGAAAAAA